AUGGCAGGACGGGACCAGUCGGCUCUGCUCCUCCUCGCGGCCGUGCUGGUACUCUUCGCGUCGUCCACAGCCACGGCGCAGCAGCAGCAGCAGAACUGCUCGUCCGCCAAGUUCUCCGCGGGGCGGUCGUUCCAGCGGUGCACCUCCCUCCCCGUGCUCGGCGCCAGCCUGUACUGGACGUACCACGCGGCGAACGGCACCGCCGACGUGGCGUUCCGCGCGCCGUCGGACCCCAGCGGCUGGGUCGCGUGGGGCAUCAACACCCAGAGCGCGGGCAGCAUGGCCGGCAGCAGCGUGUUCAUCGUCUCGCACUCGCAGGACGGCAACGGCGCGGUGUCCGUCCUGAGUACCUACCUGGAGAGCACCGUUAACCCCAGCCUAACCAACAACACCCUCAGGGUCGCCGUGCCCGCCGGCCCGGCCGCCGAGUACUCCGGCGGCGCGUACACCAUCUACGCGACGGUGGCGCUGCCGGGGAACCGCACGUUGCAGAACACGGUGUGGCAGGCUGGGCCGCUCAGCGGCGGGGGAAUCGCGACGCACCCGACGGCCCCGCCGAACCUGCAGAGCACCCAGAAGCUGGACUUCCUGUCCGGCAGCCGUAUCACCGGGGCAGGGGCACCCAAGUCCAGGGGGCUGCUAUCCCGUCGUAACUUGAGGGGUUUUCAGGGUUGA